AUGCUCGCUAUCCCUGCGCUGAUGACCAGAGCCAAGACUGCCAAAAAAGGCAUUGGAGUGUACACAAGCUCGUCUGCAGGCAGGCCACAUGCCACACCCUCUCUCAAAGGUGGCACGACACAGUGCAUCCUCUCCCAACCCGGCUUUCUGCAGCCCACCCCAGCGCUGAUGUCCCCCGCCAACUGCCUUGGGCCUGUGCCAGGCACAGGCAUCGGCAUGUAUGCAACCUGCACGAUCGCAGUAGAGGAGCUCAUUGUCUCCGAGCGCCCGCUCCUUGUCGUCCCGGGCGCCUACCACUCCUAG